GCUUAAGACCGCUAAAUGCUGGGAGUUCAAACCGGAUUCGAUCCUAAGCAAACAGGCUGGCUGCAUGAGAUUUACACUACCGAAUCCACUGCACUGAAGAACAAUUCAGGAAAUUUCACUGCAUUGCAGCAAGGUUCUUCUUUUGAUGACUUUAAAGAAAAUGUGGGAUUAAGCCUAGGAGCCAUCGUCAGUAUCCCAAUAGUAGGCGUCAUUUUCGUCUGUUGUUGCUGCUAUUGGUGCUGCAGGUGCUGUUGUGAUUCAUGCCGAGAUGAUACUCCAAAUGUUAUUGUUAUGAACUCCAACGAAACCCACGCUGCUCCUCCUCCACAAAUUAUUGUGCAACCUUUUGCUGUGCAACCACAUUUUCAACAAAUCCCGCAAACUCAGUAUGGUCCUCAACCACCGUACGCACCGCCGCCUGGUUAUUCUGAAUUUUCAAAUCCUUCGAAUUACAAAUAUUAAUAUUGUAUAGUCAUUAUGUUAAAAUCUCUGUUGUGGAACAUUAUUCUGUUGCAGAUUAUGAUAAAUAAAAAUCGAACGAUUAAAUCAGAGACCUCCCAACUUUUUUCAGACCCCCGCUUCCGUUAAGUUUUAGUAUACCCAUAGCUCUCAUCUUUCCCAUAGAACUGUUUUUAAAGUAUUUUGUUAUAUAUCUAAACUAAUGGGAUUAAAUGCUUUAAUCUAGAGUGUUAUACAGUAUAAUGGUAAAGAGAUGUAUUAAGACAACAUUUCUUGGAAAAAGCUAUUAAACAUAUUUAAUGAGUGAGAAAUUGGAUUAGUAAAGUUAAUUAGUUAGCACUAAGUUUUACCAAAAUUAAUCACACUCAAAUCUCAAAUUUUGCAGUUUUCCUUCCCCCCCCUUAAAAUUAUAAAUUUAUUGAAAAAAUACCUCAUAUAAAUGUAUACAUGCAAAAGUACUUUUCCUGUCAAUUUUUUUCCUAGCAUAUUCCUUCGAUAUGCAAGUGUUCUUUUUUUUUUUUUUUUUUUUUUUGGUUAUAUAAAUAUUACUUAAGAGGCUGUAACCUGUAUCCUCAGUCAAACAAAUUUGCAUUACAUAAUUUAAUGAAGCCAUUGGAAAUAUAAUAUUCUUAAAUUGACAGCUGUAGAUGAUAACUGAAACUUAAGAGGUGAGAGUAAAAAAUUAAAAAAACGAAUAGUUAAACAAAGAAAUUAAAAUAAUACGACAUAAAACUAGGCGUUUUUUUAAUAAAUUUUACGACAUAAAUUUAUCUUCACUAUAAUUUUUACGUGUAUAAGGAAUUGAGGAAUAAUAAAAAUCUGGUUUAAUAUUGUAAAACACGUUUUACAAUAUUGUAAAGCAGGUAGAACUUUAUGAGAAACUUCUCAAAGCAUUUCUUUUAAUAAUUCGUCCUUCUAACGUGUACCCAACAUGAAUAUUUCUGUAAAUAAAAAUAAUAAAGCAAAUAAAAUGGGGGCAUGUAUCAAAUUUUAUCUCAUACGAAUUUUAAUGGAGAUUUUAAAAACAGUGAUAUAUAAAUAAAAAAGAUAAAAAGAUAAAAUAUAAUAGAUAAAGAUAAAAUUCAUAUAGAUAAAAAAGAGGUAAAGCUAAACUAUUUAGUUUCAGAAAAUACUUGAAUGAUGAUUUCAAAUAUCGUUUACAGUUAAAAUAAGUUUCAAGAUAUAGUUAAUAGUUUAAUGCACUUUAUCGCAUCAAAAUAUUUUUAUCUAUAUUUUUUAUUUCAAUUCAUCAUUCUGUAUUCAGCUAGGCACAGUGACGUAGCUAGGGUGGAGCAAGGGGGGGCAUCUGUCACCAAAGCAGUAUCCAAUGAACUCCAAAUUGAUGUUAAGAAAUUUUAGAAGGAAAUGUUAUCCAUCGUGGCACACAGAUAGGAAUGCAAAAUAUUCAGCUGUAAACUCUAGCUACGACUCUGGCUAGGCACACAUAACUCUUUUUUAAAAAAGUGUAGAUUUUAGAAAUAUGUAUUUAAGACAUUGCCAUUGGAGCAAAUAAUUCAAAUGUUUUCUUUUAAAUACACCAGAAAUUACAUAAAAGAUAUUGAACUGAUUCAAAACUGAUAUACUAUUCUAGAGGUAUGGAAUAAAAUGAAAUCUUAAGAUUUAUAAAUGUAUAUAAAUGAAGCAUAGUUUAAAUUAUUUGCUUUAUGAAUUUAGACAAUUUGUUAUUGUAACAAUGGACUUGAAUAAAUUUUUAAUAAAGUAUUGUGACGCGUC